UUAUUGAAAGAAAAAUCCUUUUGUUACGGUCUCAAGUGCCAAGUUCUAAACUCAAAAAUGGCGGACGCAGCAGCAUUUUUUGCGAAGAAGAAAAAGAAAAAGAAGACUUUCAAGUUCAACGCAAACACUAUCGAUGCGUCUCAGGUGACCAAUACGGUUCAUGUGUAAGUCUAAGGAGUCAAUCGCAUGACGCUAAGAACGACUGCCUCUUAUGAAUGAUUUGUGGCAUUUUGCGGUCGUACAGAAUACCGAYGUUUCUUCCUUUCAAUGCUCAUCACUCAUCCUGUUUUGUCAACCUUGCCCUCUCGGAAAUGCGACUCGGAAACUACCAAAAAUUUUAGUGACGCUCCCGCCCUAUCGAACACGGCAGAUUUGGUUCCAACGACGGGAGCCUUGCCUUUGGAAAAGGACGCAAAAGUGGCAAACGACGAUAAUUGGGAUGACGAGGCGUUGGCAGCCAAUACGAUGCGCAAAGGUGCGGCUGUAGUGGUGCCUGCAGGAGUUACUACCAAAGAUCUCGUUGURGAAACGAAGGCUCUUUCGCUGAAGACAAACACAGGUGGUAACGAGCAAGAUGAUAUUGCCGAAAAGUUGCGAGUGGAAGAAACAAAAGCGAAGUUAGCAGCGGCACGAGAGGGCAUGGAACGAGAGGCCCAGCGCAUCAAAGAGGAAAAGGAAAAGAAGGAAGAAAAGGCUGCAUCUUCUCGAUUCGGAGCUGCCGCUGCCAGCGGUGGAAAAUGGGUUCCCUCGCGAGCUCGAGCCGCUGGAGGUGGAUUGUCCUCUAUCGGAUGGGGCUCGAAAAUGGCCUCCCAACAAAAAGUCGAUACUGAAGAYGAAAAUCUCUUCCCAGAUUUGGCGGCAGCCGAUGCCAUACUCGAAAAGCAGAAAGCCGAGCUACCAGCUUACAAAGCACCAACAAAGACGCCUGUUGGAGGCGGUGCAACGUGGGGAGCACCUGCAGCCCCCAAAACCCGACCGAAGUUAAAUCUCAAAAAGAAAGCGGUGGUGGAAGAAACCCCUGUAACUACGGAGAAAGCAGCCAAAACGGAAGAAGCCCCUGUGACCGAGGAAGCAAGCCCUGAACCUGCUGCUGAAGAACCUGCGCCAGAAGCAGCAGCACCUGUUGAAGCUGCUGCUCCGGCCCCCGCACCAAUUAAACCAAAGAAGAAGAAAAAGAAAAAGGAUCUCAGUACAUUYGGAAAGAAAUAAAAUUCGCGAUGGUCGCAACUCAAUCAAACUUACUCGCUUUGUUUGUUGGUCGCCGCUUUCACAAACUGUGCUCUGAAAGUGUGGAAUUCAUUSCCACAUAUCAAAGUAAUCUUGGGCGUUUACCCACAACCUGUUCGAGGAACGAGAUCGAUUCCUCACUAUGUAACAAGAUCCAAAUCUACCCUCGUUGCUAAUAAAGAAUAGAUAUCAAACUAAAGC